AUGUGCAACGUGGCGUUGGUUCUGAAUGGGUAUGAAUAGAAAUGAUGGGAAAAGAAGGAGAAGGGUUUAGAUCGCCGAAAGGAUGGGCUCGUGUGAAGAAAAUCGAUAAUUUUAUGGAGAAGGGAAACAUGUUCGGGCAGAAAGACGGACCCCAUAUUGAAAUGAUUCAAAACUCGGAGCCACUAGAAAACUCAACGUACUCAAGGAACUGAAUGAUCAAACACAAAAGUAACUUUUAGAUCAGCUGAACAGCACAGAUCAUUGGGAGAACCGUACUAUUACCAGGAAGACGGAUAUUUAGUUAUUGAAGAUGUAAUCAAUUUAUCUAAAAUUUGCCGACUAGACCCAGUUUCAGGCGAAUUCCUAUUCACAGGGCGUCUAUUUCUGUUUCGACGAAGAUUCGGUAGCUUCGCAACGUCAUUUCCACAUUCUAAUCCCGAUUCUACCCGUGAUUCACGUGGCAAAAGAUCACAUUGACCAGAUCGAAACAAUUUGUGGGGAGAGCUUCACUGAAAGACUAUCAAGAUUAACAACUUUUCAGCGGGUGGCUGUUCUGAAACUGAUCGAAGCUUUCCUGAUCACUACUGGAAAGACAACAACAAGGCCGAGCUAUUCGAUGACCAGGAGACGUGCUUCAAAAGGAACGGGCACAACGAUUGGUCAUGCUAUGAUGUUUCUUUCCUCUGUUUUCUGGCUGCUGAACACAUUCAUUUCAGUUCGAAAUUCAACCAGGUUCACGAACUGUGAAAACCCAGCCUCUUCCUGCCGAUCAACUUUCUCAGCGCCAACUUUUCCCGCCGAAAUUCCCCUUUCUGUUUCUAUUCGUUGGUCUGAUUGGUCGGAGUGCAAGAAGAAGAAACAGACAAGAAUCGGUCAGUGCUUCAUUUCUCUGGACCGCCCACUCUUCGCAUCGUCCAGUCUGCCAGCGAAGUGGGAGUGGCUACAUAAAUUGAACCGGCUCAGCAACGACAUCGCUUUUCGAGAAGGAAUUCCUCUUUUCAGCGGUAUUUUGGCUAAUUGGCUCUACGGAGUGGACAGUUUAGAAUCGUGUUUGGAUACAGAAUUAGGUGCAGAUUCUCAAAUUGAAAACGUAUGAUCUUUCACAAUCCUCCUGAUCAAAAUUACAUUUUCAGUAUGACAGCUUCUUCUCUAACGUCUUCGAGUCUGUUCUAAAUGUAACUGAUACACUAAAAAUGCCAGAAAAUGCUUUCAAAUACUGCAUAAAGUCGACAACUUUCAAAAGAAUUUGAAAAAAAAACAGAAACGAAUUUCAGAUACGAAAAACUGGAUGGAAAGUAUGAUGCUCUGAUUGGCACAUACUCAAAAGACGAGAAAAUUUGUUGA